AUGGAAGCAGCAAAUGGAUCGGGCGACGAAGGAAGCGGCGAUUCUCGGAAGGGGAAGAGGCAAUAUCAUCGCCACUCUACGGAGCAAGUGCACCACCUCGAAGCUUUUUUCAAGGAGCACCCGCAUCCUGAUGAGAAUCAGAGAGUCCAAUUAAGCCGGGAGUUAGGGCUUGACACUAAGCAGAUCAAGUUCUGGUUCCAGAACAAGAGAAGUCAGAAAAAGGCUCAGAACGAGAGAACAGACAACAACGCCCUCCGCGCCCAAAACGAGAGAAUACGAUGCGAGAAUGAGGCCAUGAGAGAGGCUCUCAAAAACAUCGUCUGCCCUUCCUGUCGCGACCAAGACAAACUACACGCUCUCCUCAGACUCAAAUCCGAAAACAUCAGAUUGAGAGAGCAGCAUGAAAGAACAAUGAAUGGCACCGCAAAAUCAAGUGGUAAUCGUGUAAUUAGGAGCAGUAGCCUUGAGGAGAAUCCGACGGCGGAGUUUUGUAUGACUACUGGGAUGACACAGGAGGCGGAUCGAGGUGCCAUUAUGGAGACUGCCUCGGCCGCCAUGGAUGAGCUGCUUGAGCUUCUGCGCGUCCAAGAUCCCUUGUGGAUUUCCUCUUCUAAUGAUGGGAGAUGGACGCUGCAUCGCGAUAGCUACGAUAAGCUUUUUCCCAAGCCCAAUCAUUUCAAAUCCGCCGCCGCCAGGAUGGAGUCGUCCAAGGAAUCCGGGGAGGUCGCCAUGCCGCCGCCUCGUUUGCUUGAAGCUUUUCUCGAUCCGGAAAAGUGGAAAGUCAUGUUUCCGUGUAUUGUGACAAAGGCAAGAACCAUCCAAGUUGUUGAGGCUGGGAUGUCCUUCAAUGGUAGCUUACAUUUGAUGUACGAGAAAAUGCACAUUCUGUCGCCAUUGGUGGCGCCACGGGAGUUCUUCUUGAUCCGAUACUGCAGACAGAUAAGCACAAGCAGAUGGGCCAUGGUAGAUGUAUCCUACGACGCUGGCCCCUCUCGCUCUUGGAAACUUCCUUCGGGAUGCAUCAUCGAAGAUAAAUCCAACGGCAAAUCAUUUGUGACAUGGGUGGAACACGUUCAAGUGGACGACAAAUCGGUGACGCACCGUCUCUACAGAGACUUGGUUUGCGGCAGCCAUGCAUAUGGAGCCAAGAGAUGGAUAGCUACGCUGCAGAGGAUGUGCGAGAGAGCUACCUUCGCACUCCGCCCGCCCGCAAGCCAACUCGAAGGAGUUAUUGAGUCGGCGGAAGGUCGGAGGAAUGUGAUGAAGCUGUCGGAGAGAAUGGUAAGGAGUUUCUGCGAGGUGUUGAACAUGUCGGACAGGCUUGACUUCCCGCACCUGUCGGAACUGUACAACAGUGGAGUUCGUGUUUCGCUGAGGAAAAGCCACGGAUUAGGACAGCCUCAGGGUCUGAUUGUCAGUGCAGCUACCUCUCUCUGGCUCCCAUUCCGCCUCGCCCAUCUCUUCAACUUCUUCACCGACGAGAACAAAAGGCCUCAGUGGGAUAUUUUGUCGAGUGGAAAUCCAGUGAGUUCAAUUGCUCGCAUAUCAACUGGCCCAAAUUCGGGAAACUGUAUCUCCAUCAUCCAGCCAUUUGUCCCGAAAGAGAACAUGUUGAUGCUACAAGAGAGUAGCAUGGACUCGGUAGGUGCAAGCAUAAUCUACGCGCCGGUGGAGCUAGCGGCGGUGAGCGCGGUGGUGGAGGGCGAAGACGUGAUGAAAAUAGAGAUCCUGCCGUCGGGAUACGUGAUGUCCGGCGACGGGCGGAUGGAGGGGUCGCUCCUCACGGUUGCUUUUCAGAUGCUAGUGUGCAGUAACUCUGUUUCCAAGCAGCUAAACAUGGACUCAGUCGCCACUCUUCAUAGCCUUAUAAGCUCCACUGUUCACAACAUUAAACUCGCUCUAGAUUGUCCUGACUUAGAUUAAAACUAUUUCUACAUGGGA